AUGAUUGCCAGAAUUGGAUUGAGAACCUCCAGAGCCACCAGAGCCACCAGAAACUUCCAGACCUCCUCCAGAGUGUUGCUGGGCAACGUUUACGGCUCUCCUAAGGAGGGUGUUUACUCCAACUUGCCAUUCAAGGUCAAGACCAAGGUUGUUCCAUUCGGCGUUGGCUGGUGGGGUGUCAUGGGUUUCUUCUUUGCCUUCCCAUUCUUGACUUCUUACUGGCACAUGAAGAAGGCCGGCAACAUCUAA